GCUUUUGGCCUUGUGGGGAGGUGUAGCAGGUCGGUAGAGGGAGACUGUGUUGGCGGAAGAGGCUCAGCGGCUGAUGGCGGCUCAGGCUCGGAAGCCUCUCUAACAUUCCCCUCUGCUCGGCAGUUCCUCACUCGAUUCACAAUGACAUCCUUUCAAGAAGUUCCACUGCAGACUUCCAACUUUGCCCAUGUCAUCUUUCAAAAUGUGGCCAAGAGCUAUCUUCCUAAUGCACACCUAGAAUGUCAUUAUACCUUAACUCCAUAUAUCCAUCCCCAUCCAAAAGAUUGGGUUGGUAUAUUCAAGGUUGGAUGGAGUACUGCUCGUGAUUAUUACACGUUUUUAUGGUCCCCUGUGCCUGAACAUUAUGUAGAAGGAUCAACAGUCAAUUGUGUGUUAGCAUUUCAAGGAUAUUACCUUCCAAAUGAUGAUGGAGAAUUUUAUCAGUUCUGUUAUGUUACCCAUAAGGGUGAAAUUCGUGGAGCAAGUACACCUUUUCAGUUUCGAGCUUCUUCUCCAGUUGAAGAGUUGCUUACUAUGGAAGAUGAAGGAAAUUCUGACAUGUUGGUGCUGACCACAAAAGCUGGCCUUCUUGAGUUGAAAAUUGAGAAAACCAUGAAAGAAAAAGAAGAACUGUUAAAGUUAAUUGCUGUUCUGGAAAAAGAAACAACACAACUUCGAGAACAAGUUGGAAGAAUGGAAAGAGAACUUAACCAUGAGAAAGAAAGAUGUGACCAACUGCAAGCAGAGCAAAAGGUUCUUUUUGAAGUCUCACAAAGUUUAAAAAUGGAAAAUGAAGAAUUUAAGAAGAGAUACAAUGAUGCUACAUCCAAAGCCCUCCAGCUUGAGGAAGAUAUUGUGUCAGUCACACAUAAAGCGAUUGAAAAAGAAACUGAAUUAGACAGUUUAAAGGACAAACUCAGAAAGGCACAAUAUGAAAGAGAACAGCUUGAAUGUCAAUUGAAGACAGAAAAGGAUGAGAAGGAACUUUAUAAGGUACAUUUGAAGAAUACAGAAAUAGAAAAUACCAAGCUUGUGUCAGAGGUCCAGACUUUAAAGAAUUUAGAUGGGAACAAAGAAAACAUGAUUACUCAUUUCAAAGAAGAGAUUAGCAGACUGCAGUUCUGUUUGGCUGAAAAGGAGAAUCUACAAAGGGCUUUCUUGCUUACAACCUCAACUAAGGAAGAUACAGUUUUCUUCAAGGAGCAACUUCGUAAAGCAGAGGAACAGGUUCAGGCAACUCGGCAAGAAGCUGUCUUUCUGGCUAAAGAACUUAGCGAUGCUGUAAAUGUGCAGGAUAAGACGAUGGCAGAUCUGCACACUGCACGCUUGGAAAAUGAGAGAGUGAAAAAGCAGUUAGCUGAUGCAGUGGCAGAGCUUAAACUAAGUGCUGUGAGAAAAGACCAGGAAAAGACUGAUACACUGGAACACGAACUGAGAAGAGAAGUUGAAGAUCUGAAACUUCAUCUUCAGAUGACAGCAGAUCAUUAUAAAGAAAAAUUCAAGGAAUGUCAGAGGCUCCAAAAACAAAUAAACUUUCAGACCAAUCAGCUAAUAACAAUAGUGUCUUCACAAAGAAAAUUGGGAGUCAGCAGAAAGUGAAUGAUGCCUCAAUAAACACAGACCCAGCUACUACUGCUUCUACUCUUGAUGUAAAGCCACCACCUUCUACAGCUGAGGUAGAUUUUGACAAUAUAACUAAGGGACAAGUCUCUGAAAUGACCAAAGAAAUUGCUGCAGAAAAG